CGUUGGUGGAACGUGGAAUACAGGAGUGCUGCAUUUGCGGAGGUCAGUAUGUCGGGAGUUGCGCAGAAUGGGCCACGUCUCGUGCUCUGCUCCGAGAGAUACACUGUCCUCAUACUGAUUCGAUAGCUUUUUUCUUGUUUGUCUAUCGAGAGAAAAAAAAUAAUCCCGCCAGAGGUUUUUUUCUAAAAAGACGACAAGAUGGCACCGCCUUGGAAAAUCAGCGCAGAGGAGGAGCUUGAGAAAAAUCCCAAGUUGAAACGUGAAGACCUAAUGGAAAUAAAGCGGUGGAUCAAGGAGCAACCACAUCUUGCAUUGACACCCAUUGAAGAUGAGAUAAUUUUGCACUUCUUACACGCCACAUUCUACAAUGUAGAAGCAGCCAAAAAAACAUUAGACUACUUCUAUUAUUACAAGGUGACAAUGCCAGACUUCUUUUCCGGUUGGGAUCCUUUACAACCUGAUAUACAAGAAAUGAUAAAUGAAGUCUUAAUUGCAGCACCACUGCCGAUACCGAAUAAUGAAGGUUUAAGGAUGAUAAUAUGCAAGUUGGAUGAUAAUUCGAAAAAGUUUAAUUAUCCAUUGUGCGUAAAAUGGCUUUUAAUGACAUCAAUGCAUGCAAUAUGGAAACUGGGUAUCCAACCAGGAUUUAUUCUGGUUUAUGAUGCUGCUGGUUUUAGUCUAUCGCAUUGCUUUAAAUGUUCUUUAAGCCAAGCGAAAAAUUACAUCGAUUUUGGAAAGAACGCUGCUCCUAUGAGAGUAGUAAAAGUUGUAUUUAUUAAUACAAGUCCAGUCGUAGAAAAAAUGUUGACAUUGGUGAAGCCUUUUUUGAACAAGGACUUGAUAAACAUGAUGUCAUUUCACUCAAAACCAGACACAUUUUUCAAAGAUUUGCCCAAAGAGAAUGUACCAGAGGAUUACGGAGGGACUUUAGCACCGCUGAGUUCUUUACAUCGAAAAUACGUGGAGGAAGUGACUGAAAACAGAGACUGGUUGAUGAAAGAGGAAAAAAUCAAAUGUGAUAAAAGCAAAAGAGGCAGCCCCAAGAAAGAAAAACAGAAAGAAAAGGUCGAGAGUUCUCUUAAAGGCUUGGAAAUAGAUUAGAUAAUUAAAUGUAAAAA